AUGCCCAGCGCCUGGCCCCGUACCUGCCCAGUGCCCGGCCCCGUACCUGCCCAGCGCCCGGCCCCGUACCUGCCCAGCGCCCGGCCCCGUGCAGCAGUGGGGGGAGGGGACCUGCGGCACCAGCCCCCUCCGCCCCCCCCCCCCCCCUUCUACUCCAUCUCUCUGCUGCGGGUGCAGCAGUGGGGGGAGGGUAUGGGGGUGGCGGGUGUGGCGCGUCCUGCUGUCGCCCGAGCGGCUCCUGCACCCCCCCCCCCCCCUUUCUCCUCCAUCCCCUUGCUGCGGCAGUGGGGGGGAGGGGAUCUGCAGCACCAGCCCCACCCCCGCCCCCCCCCUUUCUCCUCCAUCCCUUGCUGCAGGUGCAGCAGUGGGGGAGGGUAUGGGGGUGGCGGGUGUGGGUGCAACUGCGGGGUGGAGGGUAUGGGGGUGGCGGGGGUGUGA